UCUAGGCCCAGCGCUUUAAAGCCACGGCUCCAUCUUUCUUGCUGGCUGUGCACUGAGGCUGGGGUCGCUGGGGGAGCCCUGGGUGCCAGGCAGAGGCACAAGUGAGCUGUGACAGGUGCAUGUGGGGCAGGGAACCACUGCCUGGGGCUCCGGGGGGACACGAUGCUGGGACAGGGUAGAUCCUGGACCAAGCAGAGCCGCUCAGGAGUGGGCAAGACAUGUCAUCCAGUUAAGCAGCUGCUGUGUGCCAGGCUCUGUGCCACGCCCUUCCUGCUCCUCCUGAGGGAUAUUCUGAUUCCCAUUUUACAAACGGGGGAAGGGAACGGAGCUCAGAGCAGCUAGCUGAGCUACCCAGGGCCAGACAGCUAACAAGUGGCAGAGCCAGGAUCCAAACUCAGGAGCUGCUCAGAGAUGCUGCUGUCGCUGCUGCUGCUCCUCCUCCUCCUCCUCCUGCUGCUGCUGCCACCACUGGCCGUGCUCCGGUGGCCACAGUCUCAGAAUGCCAGGCUGUCCUGGCUUGUCAGCCUCCAGCACCGUGUGGCCCAGGGGGCCCUGCACUGGGCCGCCGCCUGGCAGCAGAAGAGACUAGAGCAGAGCACACAGAGAGCAGGCCAGAGCCAGCAGCAGGCCCUGAGGUGGUGUCUGCAGGGAGCCCAGGGUCCCCGCUGGCCCCUCAGCAGGAGCACAGAUAUGAGCACCUUCCGGAAUCAUCUUCCUCUGACCAAGGCCAGCCAGGUCCAGGAGGAAGAAAGUGGGGGGCAGCUCUUGCCCCCUACCCCAAACCAGUACCAUGGGGUCUCUUUGCAGGCCACCUUGCUGGGUCUGGCGGCCUUAAACAACGCCUACCCGAAAGUGCUGGCUCCGGGGGGCAGGGCCCUCGUGACCCCUUCCUCCCCUUGGCUCUACCCACUCCCCUGGCCUUGGCAGUUCCUGGGCCUGGUGAGUCCCCCUGGAGCCAAGGACGCUAGGGCCCUGCUGCUGGAGGCGCUGAGGUUCCCAGGGCUGCAGGCACUGGAAGCCAGGACAGCUGUCGAGCUCCUGGACGUCUUCUUAGGCCUGGAGGCCGAUGGUGAAGAGCUGGCUGAGGCAAUAGCUACUGGGAACCCAGGAGCGCCUCUCCCCACACGGGCUGCUGAACUGCAGGAGGCUCUGGAGCAGGGACCCCGAGGACUGGCCCGUCGGCUCUGGCCAAAUCUGCAGGUGGUGGUGACUCUGGACGCCGGAGGCCAGGCCGAGGCUGUGGCUGCCCUGGGGGCCUUGUGGUGCCAAGGGCUAGCCUUCUUCUCGCCUGCUUACGCUGCCUCUGGAGGGGUAGUGGGCCUGAGUCUAUGGCCAGACCAGCCCCGUGGGCUCUACCUUCUGCUCCCGGAAGCCCCUUUUAUUGAGCUGCUGCCACUCAAGGAAGGAGACUGGGAAGAGGCUGCCCCCACCGUCCUGCUGGCUGAGGCCCAGAAAGGCGAGAAAUACGAGCUGGUGCUGACCGACCACGCCAGCCUCACCAGGUGCCGCCUGGGCGACGUGGUCCAGGUGGUUGGUGCCUACAAUCAGUGUCCAGUCGUCAGGUUCAUCUAUAGGCUGGGCCAGACCCUGAGUGUUCGAGGAGAGAACACUGGUGAGGACGUGUUCUCUGAGGCCCUGGACCAGGCGGUGAGGCAGUGGCCGGGGGCCAAGCUGUUGGACCAUGGCUGUGUGGAAAGCAGCAUUCUGGAUUCCUCAGAGGGCUCUGCCCCCCACUAUGAGGUGUUUGUGGCACUGAAGGGGCUGAGGAACUUGUCAGAGGAAAAUCGAGACAAGCUUGACCACUGCCUUCAGGAAACCUCUGCUGGCUACAAGUCCCUGCGGUUCCGGGGCAGUGUGGGCCCUGCCCAAGUCCACCUGGUAGGGCAGGGGGCCUUCAGAGCUCUUCGGGCAGCCCUUGCUGCCUGCCCCUCGUCCCCUUUCCCUCCUGAGAUGCCCCGGGUCCUCCGGCACAGGCACCUGGCCCAGCUCCUGCAGAAGAGAGUGGUGUCCUGAGCUGAGGCCUGCCCACCGCCCCAUCCCACUUGUGUGCUGCCUCGCUCUUUCCUGUGGGUCCUCUGUGAAUGGGGAGCCCUUGGCCAGAGUCUUUGACUGUCACCUGUCAGUAGCUCAUCAGAGCUGCUGGGCCUUAGGGAGGCCUGACCUCGUCUGCCAGUUCUGAGGAGUUGACUUCAAGGAUAGAACAGAUCCCAGCAGUUCCCUGCCUGGAGCCCACGGGCCCACCCUGGAGGACACUGGAAUUCCAAUGCACACUGAUGGUGCCUGUGUCUCUCAGCCCAUGCACUGGGCAGGCUGGAAGUAUUGGGAGUUAAUGCUCCCAGGAGUGAGCCUCAGUCAGCAAGGAACAGGAGUUGGUGAACACAGAUCUCAGCUUCAUUGUCCCUCAGUGGGACAAUUCUGAAGUUAUUCUGUACCAUCUGUUUCGGAGAGUCCCCACCAGUUGCCCACAGAGGUAACCCUCUCAUUAACACAGUUCUUACUGGUUUUCCUCCUGUCCCUCCCGUCCCCACUCCCUUACGUGCUUUCUAGAAUCCCCUCCCAAAUAAACGUCUUGCACCCAGA